UAGUGUUUGUUUAAUAAGCCUGAAUAUUGUGAUUCUAAACAACAGCGAAGGCUGCUGAGGGACGGACGCGAUUGUUUGUAGCUGGCCUAGCUACAGGAAGAUAACUAGUGAAAAGCAGCCAGAUAGCAGAGACGGAGGCUGAAACAUGUCUGGAGUCAAGACAGAAGAUUCAGCCAAUAGACUGAGCAUGUUGAAUGGUGGAGGACUCGUAUACGAGGAUAAAGAUGAUGAUGACAGUUGCAGACCUGAAGACCUCUCUGAGCUGCUGGCUGCAGGAACAAAAGAAGUUCAUGAGCAAGCUGAAAACACACAGUUUGUUAAAGACUUCCUUCAUGGAUGCAUACGCAAGGAGCUCUUUAAGCUCGGAGCUGUGGCACUCUACUACACCUAUUCGGCCAUGGAGGAAGAGAUUGAGAAAAACAAGGAUCACCCCCAAUUUGCACCUCUUUACUUCCCCAACGAGCUUCACCGGCAUGAGGCCUUGGCUCGGGAUCUCGAGUACUUCUAUGGCGAGGACUGGCAAGAUCAGAUCAGCUGCUCUCCCGCUACUCAGCGCUACGUAGAGCGUAUUCAUGAAAUCGGUAGUGAAGACCCUGCGUUGCUGGUGGCUCACGCGUACACACGCUAUAUGGGCGAUCUCUCAGGGGGCCAGGUGUUGAAGAAAGUGGCCCAGCGUGCCCUCAAGCUGCCCCCGACAGGAGAAGGAGUCUUUUUCUAUCAGUUUGACAGCAUCCACAGCAACAAAGCGUUCAAGCAGCUGUACCGCAGCCGAAUGAAUGAGCUGGAGCUCGACACCAUCACCAAGGACAGGAUUGUUCAGGAGGCUGUGCGGGCUUUUCAGUUUAACAUGGAGGUUUUCCAAGAACUGGAAGAAAUAGGGAAGACGAUUGACGAAGAUGUUCUGGAUGGAGGUCCCAUCCAUGGUCACAUGCAAGGAGACAUCAGCAAAUGUCCUUACUAUGCUGCCAAAAUGGCUGCCAGUGGAGGAUCUGCAUAUGCUUAUCAAAUGGCUGCAGCAUUCCUGAGAAACCCCACAGGCCAAGUGCUGCUUGCUGCAUGGAUCGCUGCUCUUGCCGGAGUGGUUGCCUGGUACCUCAUAUGAUCCAUUCGUGUAUCCAUGGAACUGUAGAAUUUCCUACUGAUGUAGGAACACCUCCCCCUUACCCGUAUCCUAAUGUUAAGAGAAAUGCUAAAGCUGUUCUUAGACGAGCAUGAAAGAGGAACUUCCACCACCAAGCUCAGAAGAGAAGGAUGACUGUUUGGAUCUAAUGGACAAGUACACGUUCUUUCCAGUCGUCUUCUACCUGGGAAACGUUGUGUCCCACUCGCCUUUCAGUUAGUGAGUGAAAGUGGUGAGAUUUUUACUCACAUAUUUUCACAAUGCAUCACGCAUUGCAUAUAGAGAACUGUUAAUUCUGAUGCUAUUAUUAUAAUAUCUGCUUUGUGGUUUGUUAAAUUCAGUUCAGAAGUUGAAGUUAAUUUUCGAGCACAUUUAUACCCUGGCCCAAAUGGCAUGCUUGUGGUCCUGGUUUCUGCAUGCCUAUGAGAUUUGUGAGGUUGCAGGGUGCCCAUUGCUUAUUUUCAAAAAGUCUUCAGAUGGCAGCUGAGCAUGAGUGCUCUCUAUACAUCCUUUCAAUGAUCGCCGCAUGAUUUGUUAGCAUCAGCGAGCUAACUAUCAUUGCUUGCUCUCUAGAUUAAUUAUCACCAGUAAAGAUUAAAUUAAGAUUGGUUUAACUCUCGUAAACUUCAAAAGAGGAGCUGUUUGCGCAUCAAGGUUUAUGCAUCCCCAGUUAAAGUAUGACCACACAUGGCAUACUGGUGAAUAUCCCAAUAUUAGCCAUGUUAUUUUUUUGUAGUUACAUUGGAAUAUUGUCAGUGAAAUGUUUUAGAUUGAGUAUGUUGUAAAUCUGUAUAUAGUUUUCACGCACUACGCAGUGAUCACUGAAACACUCAUGGUAGCAGCCAGAAGAAUUGUGUGUGAAACGUGUGCGGGUGGUUGAGGGGGGGAACCCCAACAAAACCAGCAAAAAAAAAAAAAUAGUGUGAAAGCACACUUGGACUCUGACAAAGCAAUGAUUUCUUCCUCACAGCUCCCUGCAGUUACAGUAUACUCAAGGACCAGUCACAGGGGAUGGAUGGGAAACAAGCAGAUGAGAGAGACAGUAAAACUAAUAAAUUUCAAGUUCUGAAAUGGAGUCAUUAGGUGAAUUGUCAUUAAGCAGAAUUAGGGUUAUAAUAUGGGCAAACAAAUUCCCUAAAAUGAUUAAUGGAUAUAAUCAAGUACUUAAUUUAUACACCGAUCAGAAAUAAAGGGAAUUACAUUGAUUAUGUUGUUACAGUGGGACCUGUCAAGGGGUGGGAUAUAUUAGGCAGCAAGAGAACAGUCAGUUCUUGAAGUUGAUGUGUUGGAGACAGGAAAAGUGGGCAAGUGUAAGGAUCUGAACGACUUUGACAAGGGCCAAAUUGUGAUGGCAAGAUGACUGGGCCUGAACAUCUCAAAUGGCACAUCUUGUGGGGUGUUCCUGGUUAGUACCAACCAAAGGUGAUCCAAAGAAGGACAACCGGUGAACCAGCGACAGGGUCAUGGGUGGCCAAGGCUUGCUGAUUUACAUGGGAAACGAAGACUAGCCCAUAUGGUCCAAUCCCACAGAAGAGCUGCUGUAGCACAAACUGCUGAAAAAAUUAAUGCUGGCUAAAAUAGAAAGGUGUCAGCAUUAACUUUUUCAGCCAUUUGUGCGACAGUAGCCCUUCUGUGGGAUUGGACUAUAUGGGCUAGCCUUCGACACCCAUGACCCUGUCACUGAUUCACUGGUUGUCCUUCCUUGGACCACUUUUGGUAGGUACUAACCCCUGCAUACUGGGAACACCCCACAAGAUGUGCCAUUUUGGAGAUGCUCAGACCCAGUCAUCCAGCUGUCACAAUUUGGCCCUUGUCACUUGCCCAUUUUUCCUGCUUCCAACACAUCAACUUCAAGAACUGACCUAUUCUCUUGCUGCCUAAUAUAGCCCACCCCUUGACAGGUGCCACUGUAAUGAGAUAAUCAAAGCUAUUCACUUCACCGGUCAGUGGUUUAAAUUUUAUGGCUGACGGGUGUAUAUUUACCAAAUUAACGUCUGUGGCAGGAAUCUUCAGUCUAAUUCACAAAACACUGCAGGAUUUAAUUCCAGCGAAAACUGAGAUGUACUUGAUAACUGAAUAAACAUGAAAUGGGUGGUGCCUGCUUGGCUGAAAUGAAAACCUGCAGCUACACCGGUCUUUUGUAGAUAAGAGUGAAGAUGUCUGAUCUAUAGCCUACAUAGCCAUGAUUUUUUUUUUCCCCCAAGAGCUCCUGCAUGCAGACAACUGAUUUGUCAGCAUGAUCAAAGUGGAUGUUUUUUUUUUCUCUUCUUUUUGCACCUCAACAACCUCAUCACACUUAAACGAGGACCACAGGGAUGAGGGCACCAUUUGGGACAGGGCCUGUUUUACUGAGUAUUCUGAAUAUUGCACAUUUUGAAUUUUUUUUUGCUUGCUGAACAACGGUCUAUUUUUCAUAUCACAAAUCUUUGAAGUGAAAACUGCUGUUAUGCAUGAAACAGACAACAGCAUAUAUGCAGGGCAGACUACUGUGUGCUUAACAACUAUUUCCCACUGUUUUAAUGACAACGUUGGUGUUGCAGUAUGUUAUUCUGAGUUUGUAUACUGAACAUCUUUUAAGUGACCAAAAUAUAAUCUAGGCGUUCAAACACUGCUAUUACCAAAUCAGUUCUUGAUGCAGUAGGCAGUUCAAUAUAUACUAGUGUCACAUGAUUACUUUUUGCAACAGUUUGAGCUGUUGGUGCCGCACUGUAAGCGUUGCUGAUGGUAAUAGCUUUUGACAAGAAUUGAAAAAGUAUAUACUGUAUAAUAUUUGUAAAAUGCUUUUUCUUCCUAAGCUGAUAAAGUAUUACUGUAUCUACAUUGUCUGCUGUGAUUUGAAGUGCUGAUUUAUCAAUAGUAAGUUUUAUGUUGGGUAAUGCACCAUCUACUGUCUAGAUGUUCAAAUGCAAUUUAAAAAUAUUCUAGAGUGUGAUGGUUUUGUGGUAUUUUCCUUCAGCUAUUUACUUGAAUGUUACUCAGCUAAUCAUGGCAUAUAAAUCUAAUACUGAUUAACAGUUUCAGCACUGUGCUGGUGCAGUAUUAGUGUUUGGACUUGUUUGUGCAAUGCAGUUACAUUUUGCUCGUCUGUAAUGAAGUUAAAAUUAUAACAGUAUUCUUUUACCAAACUGGCCUUUUUUCAUUCAACUUGCAACAACAGUAGGCAGCUGUGACGCACCAAUUCAGAAGCACUUGAAUCAGUAGGAAGUAACGUAAAGAAAAGCUUAAAAGCACUCAUUAAGCUUCAUGACAAUGAAUAAGUCUGCAUCUUAGAGCGUUUCUGCAUUAUGAAGCUGAUGUAAUCAGUCAGGAUUUAACUGAAUAGUGCAGUAGUAUAUUUGCACAAAGCAGUUUGCUGAUGGUUUGAAUACUGGAGCUAUUUGACUGUCCUACACUUUUCUUUUUACGCAUGUAUCUGUUAAUGAAGUGAAAGUCUACACAAACUGUGUGUGUAAUAUAUACACACAUUCAGUAGCUUUGUUUCCUGGAAUGAGCAUGGCUUUUACAGUUUGGUCUGGUCUCCUGAUAAAAUGUAUACUAGUGUGAAAUUUGCUGUAUUGACACCAAACUGGGAGUCUGGUUCUUCAGCUUUCCUGGAUCUAAAUAACCAUCAUGUUGGAUCAUUUUUCCUGUCAUUUAAGUGCUAUAAUAUAUAAUUUGGCUUAUUUUAGCAGAUGUUGAACAUAACCAUGAGAUCCCAUUGUCUAAUGGUUAGAGAAGCAGCUUUGAGACCAAAUGGUUUAAUUCCCUAGACCAGCAUGAAUGGCUAAAGCGCACUUGAGCAAGUCACCUAACCCCCGACUGCUCCCUGCUGUUGUACGUCACUCUGGAUAAGUGUGUCUGCUAAAUGCCUGUAAUGUAAUAACACCAUUAUGGUCGUGCUUACCACAUUCACUCCAAUAGCAGCUUGCAGGUCCUGAAAAGUUAGUGACUUUUCAAGAGAGGCUUUACAAACUGCAGUUGGCUUUUGAGAAAUACAAUUGUUCCAUAAAACACAGUUAUGUAAAGGUGUAUGUUAACAGAUGCCACUGACAGGUUGAGCAAACUUUUUAAAUCAGUAUUUGAUUUAAACAAAUUUUAAAUACACAUACAAGCAGCUUGUAGUACCAAAAUGAGAGUCCACAGACUUAUUUAUUCAUUCACUUCUACAUAUUGCACCUUAAUGGGGGUUAUAUUAUAGGGGAACAGUUUAACAGUAUAAUUAGCUUAGGAUUAGUAAACGUUUUUGCUGAUAAUUCAAUCUGUAUGCAAAGUGUUUUUUGUUUUUGAAUUACUGACUGUGCCUAGUUGAACCUAUUAGACUAAUAAAAUCUUAAUCCAACACA